UCAUUGCAACAACACAAAUAGCACGUAACAAUAAAACAAAACGCUUUCGAUUAAAAUAAACAGUUUACAUACCACCAUGCCACUCUGGUUUUACCAAUUGAAAUCUAAUUAAAUUAAUUCGCCAUUUUCGCAGAGUUUACAUUGCAAAUCGCCCAAACGAUUUUUACAAACAAACAUAGUCGCCAGUUACAUAGUUAUGCCACUAGCGUGCCGUUAUUUUAACUGUUACGGCAACCGUUCAACUGGCUGGAAAUUACGUGCAAUGCCAGAAUAGCAAAAUUAAUAGCGGCAGCAGUAACAGUAACAUUGACAUUGACCCCAGAGACCAGCAACAGCUAAACACAAUCAACCUUCUGCACGCUUUCAUGCCACACUUUGCCACCAAAAUGAACGGGGUGGCAACCUUUUGUUGAGCCACUAACUACAAAGUGCCGAAAAGGAAUCUAAAAUUCAGCAGCGAGCAGUGGUGAAUGCAGAAAGUCAAACGAAAACGGAAAAUAUCAUAAAAUGGCUACAAUAAAAAAUCGACAAUUGAAUUCAUUCAAAUUGCAACAACAGACGCAGCAGCAACAGAAGCAACAGCAGCGACAGCAGCGAUGGCGGUGGUGGUGGUGGCGGCAGUCCCCUGAAGCCAGCUGUCGCAGCGCAUUCGCUUUGCUAAGCCGUUGUUCGUAUUGCGCAACAAAUUAUUUGAAAAGUUAUUGCCGCAUUAAGCGGCAUGGUGUUAAUAAAAAUAAAACUUUAUGUUGGCUGACAUUGACUUUGAUUUUAUUGAGCUGCAGCAGUUGGCAUGGACGACGAGGCCGUGGCGGUCGUGGUGGCAGCGGCGUUGGUGGUGGAGGGGGCGGUGGCGGCGGCGCUUUCUGUUAUGCUCUUGAUAUUGGCACCUGUAAGCAGCCGCUCGGCAUGGAAUCCGGUGCCAUUGCUGAUACGCAAAUCACCGCCAGUUCAGCACAUGACAUGGGCAAUGUGGGCCCACAACAUGCCAGAUUGAAGGUCGACAAUAAUGGCGGUGCUUGGUGUCCAAAACACAUGGUAUCGCGUGGCCUCAAGGAGUAUUUACAAAUUGACUUGCUACAGGUGUAUGUCAUUACUGCGAUACGCACCCAAGGUCGUUUUGGCAAAGGUCAAGGUCAAGAGUAUACAGAGGCCUAUGUGCUGGAGUAUUGGCGUCCUGGAUUUGAUAAAUGGCUACGCUGGAAGACCAUACAAGGCAAAGAGAUCUUGCCAGGCAACAUUAACACCUACAGUGAAGUGGAGAAUGUCUUGCAGCCGACCAUUUUCGCCUCUAAGGUGCGCAUUUAUCCAUAUAGUCAAUACGAUCGCACUGUCUGCUUGAGGGCCGAAGUGGUCGGCUGUCUUUGGGAAGAUGGCAUCGUUUCGUAUAGCAUACCCAAAGGCGUUCAGCGUGGCAUGGAAAUUGAUUUAUCGGACAAGACGUAUGACGGUCAUGAAGAUGGCGAUCGCUAUGUUGAUGGAUUGGGACAAUUAGUAGAUGGACAAAAGGGCAAGGAUAAUUUUCGAACAGAUAUACAUGGAUUUGGAAAAGGUUUCGAGUGGAUUGGCUGGCGAAAUGAUACCCCUAAUCUAGUUGGUAAUCCGGUGGAAAUUACGUUCGAAUUUGAAAACGUACGAAAUUUCAGCGCUGUCAUAUUGCAUACGAACAAUAUGUUUUCCAAGGAUGUGCAGGUUUUUGUGCACGCCAAGGUCUUCUUCAGCAUUGGCGGACGUCAAUAUGCCGGCGAACCGGUGCAAUUUUCUUAUAUGCCCGAUACGGUGCUGGAUCAUGCACGAGAUGUGACAAUCAAAUUGCAUCAUCGUCUGGGAAAAUAUUUACAAAUACAUUUGUACUUUGCAGCGCGAUGGAUAAUGCUGAGCGAAAUAACAUUCAUAUCAACACCCGUUGUUGGUAAUUUCACAGACGAAGAUUUCACUGGUGGUGGUGGUGGUGGUGGUGCCAUUGGUGUGGGCGCAACGCCACAAGAUAAUGCAGAAUAUCCAUUGCAGCGUGAUGAAGUGGAGCGCGUCAUUAAUGGAAAAUUUGGUGAACGCAGUCAGCAGCAAACACCAUUGGUGAUUUCACCCAAACCAAUUGAUCAUCCGGAACCGGAAAGCAGCUUAAUUGGCUACAUAUUUGCCGUAUUAGUGGCCAUAAUUUUGGUGCUAGUCAUUGUCAUACUCUUAAUUGUCAUACGUAAUAAGCGCGGACGUGGCGGUAAUGUGCUCGAUGCAUUUCAGCACAAUUUCAAUCCGGAUACACUUGGCGGUGCUGAUAAACGACUCAACUGCAAUGGCAUGAAGGCCGUCACCGUGGACAAUGACACGGAGUCCAUUGACAAGAGUAGCCUGUAUCAUGAGCCAUUUAAUGUGAACAUGUACACAAGUGCAGCGAGCGGCUGCUCCAUGAAUGACAUGCAACGACAACAUGUCACACCGGACUACACAGGUGAAUACUUCUGUAUAUCCUGCUGGUCCGGUAGCAGCCAAUUAAACACCUUUUACAGAUUUUUCACCGAAUGCAACCACGGUUUCAUUCGGGCUUUAUUUAUUCAAACCGGCUUUAAGAAGCAUUUUCAUCGCUACUCCUGCAUUUAA